UGACAGUGGCCACACGACGCCCUCCUCAUCAACGGCACCAGCCAGGAGCUGCGUCCGGCCGAGGCGCCGCCGUCGGGCUGUAAGCGCCCAGCCACUCGGGGGAGGCAACGGCGCCCUUCGCGAUGGCAGAGGAGGCGAUGUUCGACUUCAUUCACAUGGAAGCAGUCUCCUACGUGUUCCAGGGAGGCGAAAAGCUAGCGGAAGAUGAAGCAGUAUCAAAGCUUGAGCACAUGGGUUUUGCUACUGGAUAUCGAUUAGUAGAAAGGUUGACACGAGAAUCCGGCCGCUACAAAGAUGAAUUAGACAUAAUGAAAUAUAUCUGCAAAGACUUAUGGGUAACUGUGUACAAGAAACAAAUUGACAACUUGCGUACCAAUCAUCAGGGAGUUUAUGUCCUUCAUGACAACCGAUUCCGUUUUCUGUCACACAUGGCUACAGGAAAGCAGUAUCUUCAGUAUGCCCCCAGGUAUCUUGCCUUCACAUGUGGACUUGUGCGUGGAUGCCUUGCCAACCUUGGUGUCACCUGUGUGGUAACAGCUGAAGUGACGCAGCUGCCUGCCUGCAAGUUCCAAAUUCAAGUUCAGCGAGGAUGAUAGACAUGGACUUUUUUUUUGUAAUAUGCAACUUUUUAUUUAAU